AUGACGCUUUUGUCCACCUCCCGACGAUUCUCCCGUUCUCGCAUAGCCAGGGCACUCGCAAUCCUCCUCGCAAUAUGGAGCUUCGCCGAGCUACACCUGAUUCAGCGCCGGAUAUACGAAGCAGACCACGCCCACCACGGGAAUCGACCGCGAAAGCAAGAACGGAUAUACAUCGCAAGCGUCAAUUGGAACAAUGAGCUCGUCUUGCGCACCCACUGGAGCAAAGCCCUCGUCGAGCUGGUUACAACGCUCGGUCCUGAAAAUGUGUUCAUCAGCAUCUACGAAAGCGGGAGCUACGACAACACCAAAGGCGCGCUGCGUGAACUAGAUUGGGAACUCGAGCGGAUGCGGGUACCGAGGAAUAUCACCUUGUCGCCUGUGACGCAUGAGGAUGAGAUAGCAGCGCCUGCUGGUGGCAAUGGCUGGAUUCAGACACCAAAUGGGGAGAAGGAGCUUAGGCGAGUGCCAUAUCUAGCUCGGGUGCGGAAUUUGAGCUUGUUACCUCUGCAAGACCUCGCGCGGAACGGGAUUACUUUCGAUAAGAUAUUGUUUCUGAAUGAUGUUGUGUUCACGCCGGGAGAUGUGUUCGAACUUCUGGAAACCAAUGACGGCCAAUUCGGUGCUGCUUGCUCGUUGGAUUUCUCUAAGCCUCCGGAUUUCUAUGAUACAUUUGCGCUUCGAGAUAGUGAAGGCCAUGAGCCUAUCAUGCAGACAUGGCCAUAUUUCCGUUCCGCGAUAUCUCGACAGGCAUUGAAACGCUUUGCUCCUGUUCCAGUGACAAGUUGUUGGAAUGGCAUGGUCGCAAUGCCAGCUAGUCCAUUCAUUGGCAGCUCACCGCUACGUUUUCGAGGUAUCCCUGAUUCAUUAGCAGAGUACCACCUCGAAGGCUCCGAAUGUUGUCUUAUACAUGCAGACAAUCCACUGUCAGUGCAGAAGGGCGUGUAUCUGAACCCUCUGGUUAGGGUUGGAUACAACGGCCCCGCAUACACAGCUGUUCAUCCAAUGACGAGAUGGCUCUCUGCGUGGCGUAUCCUACGGGGCUUAUGGGUCAAUCGGCUACGUCGCCUUGGCGUCACUACAUGGUUGAAGGAGCAAGUGGUUCGGAGGCGAGUAGAGAGGUGGAGAGGCUUAAGUCCUGGAAAUACAGAACGCGGGGAGCUCUGCAUUAUCAAUGAGAUGCAAAUUCUGCAUCGAUAUGGCUGGAUCCAUGUGUAG